AUGAGUUCAUAAGAUAGUUCUACUUGCUAAUAAAGCUGCUAAAAAGGCGAAAUAAAUGAUGAAAACUAACAAUGCGUUAAAUGCUAAGUACCUGGGUGCGUUAAAUGUGAUAUCCAUUAAAUAUGUCUUUAGUGCGAUGUGAAUUUGACUCUUAAUUCAGCUUAAAAUUAGUGCUAGCUAUAAUAAAACAUUUGCUAGAAUAACAUGUCAUAUAUUCUAGCCCCAUAUAGUUAAGACUAAUGCGUUAUUAGUUGUCCUCCAUCUUAUUAUUAGAAUGAAACAACUAAAAUUUGUGAAAAGACUAUUUAAUGCAUUUAAGCAAAUGAUUAUUUCAUGCCCUAUUCUGAUAAAAGGAUAAAAUAGAUAGAAUAAAUAAACAAGAAUCAAUAUUUGGUUAGAGCAACUCAUUGCACAUUCUUAUUAAUGGAUAAUAAUUUAAAUAUAAUUUCAGUCUAAAUCUUAUAAAAUAUGCCAAAUUUUUAUUCAGAGUAUAUGUUUUUUGGCGAGGAAAUGCUCUAAAAAAGUUUCAUAGUUGGCUCUUUUGGAGGUUGUACAGCUGAUAACAGUUUAGUUGUGUUUGAUUUUGAGACUAUGAAUGUUGUAUUCAAUUAAACUAAUUUAGCUUACGAUCAAAAUGUUUAAUAUAUAGAUUAAGCAAACUAAAUAGUUUUUCUAGGUUUCAAUGAAAUUUAUGACAUAUUUUGGUAUGAUGCACUAAAUUAUAAUCUAAAUAAAUAAACUCUACCCUAUAACUUUCUGAUAAAAUUUAUUUAAAUUGAAAAGAAGACAAAGACAAACUAUAUUAUACAAAUAGAUUUUGUAAAUUCUAUGAUAAUGGAGUUAUAAGAAGACAGGUCAUUAGCCAUUUUAAAUAAAACACUAAAUUACUCAUCUAUAUCCUCACUUUAAGUAUAAUAAAAAUAAGAUUUUUUAAUCUAAAUUGGUUAAAUUCAUGGUCUUGCGCAAGUAUAAAAGAUUUAAUUUGAUAAUGAUUUUAAUCUUCAAAUUUAAUCUGUUGAACUCCUAAACAAUUCAUAUUCUAGAAUUGUAUAUUAUAGUAAAAAUAGCUAUCCUAAAUGA